AUGGAUGGAAUAGAGGAUUACGAUGACACUAUAAAAGCAUUGAUUAAGAAAAUAGAAAGAUUCUUUAAUCAAUCAAAACAAGCUAAUGAGGCAGACAGAGAAGGUGUAUUAAAAUCUGUUAACAAAGCUAUAAAUGAAAUGAAAGACCAGCUCAACUACUUUAAGAGAGAGCUGUUCAGCAUUCCAAAGUCAAGAGAAGCUGAGUUCAAGGAUAAAUACAGUCAAUACCAUUAGAAAAUCAUUCAAUAUGAGAGACAAGCUAAAAAGCUUGACUUGAUUAUCAAGGGUGACGAGAAAGGACUUCUGGCAAUGGAGCAUGAAUAGGAUGAUAAAAGGUAAUAUGGAGCAGGUUCAAUGAUGCAUAAUCCAAUGGUUAAACAUGGGUUUGACACCCAAUAAAAAUCAAAGGAAGCCAUGUAUCGUAUAAAGCAAAAGGUCUAGGACAUAAACGACCUCCAAGAUGUGAUAGGAGAUAACUUAGAUAAACAAAACUAACAAAUCUUAAGAAUCGAUUAAAGUAUUGUCAGAAUGGACAGCACUAUGACUAGAACAAAAAGAUACCUAGCCUAUUUUGGCAGAAGUUUUUUCAGAGACAAGGUUGCAUUAAGUUUUCUCUUUUUGAUUGUAGCAACUCUCAUAGGUAUAAUUAUAGUUGCAAUAGUCCCAGAAAAAAGCAGUGGAGAAACCACUAAAGUAUAGGCAGGCAAUCCAUUCUAUGAUUAAUAGUAUAUUCAGCAGAACUUAAAUGAUGAAAAUAACAUUAUCGAAAAUAGUGAUGAAAUAAGUAAUGAGGACUAGUAAUUUGAUUUUAAUCUCCAGUAACCUUAGCAAAAGUAGUAUGAAUUUUUAAAACUUUGA